GAGAAAAAUUCUUCUGCCAUCUGCCAUGCCCCACCUAAAAGCCACACGGCGAGCAAUAAAUUUAAGGCGCCCGCCUCGCAACAAAGCCGGCAGACGCUUUGCGGCCUCACAGACGCCGAGACCGACGCUUAGGAUGACUGGAGCAUUUAGAUACCUGGUGAUUGCUCUAGCCUUCGGGUUAGUGCGAUGCGCAAGUUUGGAAACUGAAAAAUUUGAUCAAAUCGAACCGAUACCUAAAGUGUACAGUGAGGAAGAAGCGGUCACGUUUUACGACAAUUUGGACAAGCAAACAAAAGUCUACUGCAACCGAAAUUCACUAGCCAGGUGGAACUACGACUCCAACAUUACUGACUUCAAUCUACAACGAAAGUUGGAGGAGGGUGCCGCUUUCGCGAAAUUCAAAAAGGAUUCGUGGCAGGAACUGAUCAAAUACCCAUGGAAGUACUUUAAUGAUCCCGAGCUGAAGCGAAAAUUCAAGCUGAGCUCGGUGCUGGGCACCGCUGCCCUCUCCGAGGACGAUUUUAAAAGACUAGACACGAUCAUCAGUGAGAUGAAAUCAGCCUACAGCAAAGCAAAGAUCUGCAGCUUCCAGGACAGUACUAAAUGUGAUCUCAGUUUGGAACCAGAGAUUACAGAACUUCUGAAAGUGAGCAGAAACCACGAGGAGCUGCGCCACAUUUGGAUCGAGUGGCGUCGAAACUCGGGAGAAAAGGUCAAAGAAACGUACAAGGAAUACGUCACGCUGAAAAACAAAGCAGCUAAGUUGAAUGAUUAUGCGGAUAAUGGUGCCCUUUGGCGAGGAAACUACGAGACCGAGGACUUCCGCGACCAGAUCUCCGCUCUUUGGGUGCAACUGAAGCCGCUGUACCAGCAGUUGCACGCGUACGUGCGCCGCCACCUACGUCUAAAGUAUGGAGACAGGGUUGUCAAGGCCAAGGGUCCCAUCCCGGCCCACCUGCUGGGCAACAUGUGGGCCCAGACCUGGGGCAACAUCGCCGACUUCAUGCUGCCCUACCCUGAGAGGCAGUCCACGGACGUCACUCCAAACAUGAUCAAACAGGGAUACACGCCAUUGAAAAUGUUCAAACUCUCGGAGGAAUUCUUCGUGUCGCUCAAUUUAAGCGCAAUGCCUGAAUCGUUCUGGGAGAAAUCAAUCCUGGAAAAGCCCACGGAUGGUAGAGAUAUGGUCUGCCACGCGUCUGCUUGGGACUUCUGUGACUCAAUGGACGUCAGGAUCAAGCAGUGCACUGUUGUCAAUCAGAAAGAUCUGAACACCGCCCACCACGAAAUGGGACACGUGCAGUAUUUUCUGCAGUACAAACACCAGCCACACAUUUUCCAGAGAGGUGCUAACAGUGGUUUCCACGAGGCCGUUGGAGACGUACUGGCCUUAUCCGUGUCCACGCCCAAACACCUGAGAGCUAUCGGUCUCCUUGAGGAACCCACAAGCGAAGCAGACAAAGAUGCUGAGCGAGAGGCGACGAUAAACUAUCUAUUUUCGAUGGCUCUAAAUAAAAUCGCUUUCCUGCCUUUCGCCUAUCAAAUGGACUUGUGGCGCUGGGACGUCUUUGAAGGAAAAACCACACCAGAGAACUACAACUGCCACUGGUGGAGAUUGGCUGAGCAAUUCCAAGGAAUUGAGCCUCCGGUGGACAGAUCUGAGGAAGACUUUGACGUUGCUUCGAAGUACCACAUUAUUGCUGACGUGCCGUACAUCCGCUACUUUGUCAGCUUCGUGAUUCAGUUCCAGUUCCACAAGGGACUGUGCCAGGCCGCCGGGCAGCUGGAAAACAACGCACCGCUCCACGAGUGUGACAUUUACAAGAGCACCAAAGCUGGAAACCUCCUCGGAUCAAUGUUGCAAUUGGGUCAGUCGAAACCGUGGCCUGAUGCGAUGGAAGUCGUAACUGGACAGCGAAACAUGGACGCCAGCGCUCUUCGUGAAUACUUCGCGCCUCUUGAGGAUUGGCUGCGCGCCGAGAACGAACGCUCAGGCGAAUUUAUUGGAUGGGAAAAGUCAGACAAAUAUUGCUUGCAGACUCGUGAGGAGCUUAGGAGGCUGAAGGUCACUACCAAGCAGAGCUAAAAUUGAUUUCAACACAUAUUAAAUAAAAAAAGGAAAAUGCCUAGGAGCAGCCUAUGAUCAAUUGGAAAUUAAAA